AUGUCGACCUCUUCUCUAACAAUACCAGAAACUUCUGAUCCUAGAGAUGUGGAGUUUAUGCGACUUGCGAUAGAACAAGCAAAGCUUUCAGCACCGGUGCCAACUGCAUAUUGUGUUGGAGCGGUUCUCGUAAACCCGCAAACUUUUGAAACGCUUGCGACUGGUUACUCACGCGAACUGCCAGGGAACACACACGCCGAAGAAUGCUGCUUAAUAAAACUGUCGUCACUCGAUCCAUCAUCCAUUUCGUCCUUCUCCUCUCUUACAAUUUACACAACGAUGGAACCCUGUUCGACUCGUCUAUCUGGGAAGAAAUCUUGUACCGAACUUAUUAUGGCCUCUCCGAUAAAAAGAGUUGUUAUGGGAGUCGCCGAGCCUGAUAGAUUCGUAAAAUGUGAAGGUGUGAGGAUGUUAAUGAAUAAGGGAAUCAAGGUUACAAUUGUGCCUGGUGUUGCAGAAGAAUGUCUAAGCAUCAACCGACAUGUUCUGUGA